AUGGUGGCAAAGGGCGCGUCGUUCGCGUACGGCGAUGCGUUUGGGGACGAGGACGAUAUUGUAGACUUGCUCGAGUUUUGCGAUAGGACCGUCACAAGGCGGAACUCGGUGGGGGUGGAGGGCGCGGAGGGAGACGAGGAAGGCGGGGAAGACGAAGGAGAGGACUACUCCGUUUCGGAAGCAGAACAGUCGGAGGAUGACGCAGACCUUCUCCAACCUAAUAUAUCCGUUCCGUCUGAUAAUGAUGCCAACGAUGGGAGCCCAGAAGAAAGCGACAACGAGAGCGAGCCAGAGCCUGGGAUGGAUAUCCCUAUUCCACAACGUCUGGUGCACCCGAAGGAUAAGAGAGAGUCGAAACCCGCACCGAAGAAAUACGUCCCGCCGAGCGCGAGAGGCCGAGGCGAUUCCGCCACCGUAGUGAAAAGGAGAAUGCGCGGCCUCCUCAAUCGCGUGGCAGAGGCCAAUGCGAGCAGCAUAGCGGCAGCCAUAAUUCGAAUCUUCGAAGACCGACAACCAGCGUCGACCACGCAAAGCGUCGCCGAAACUUACGCGCAAUGCACUCUAGACGCUGUGCGGGAUGGGUCCGGCGUGGGCUACAUCAAUCCCUAUCUGCAGUCACAUGCCUCCAUCGCAACGCACGUCUCCAGUCGCGUGAGCCGCGUCGUGCUGGCCUCGCUUCUUGUGUCGGCUGUACGUAGGUUUCACAGCGAGCUGCCUAUGCUCGAGGCGGAGAGCGGGCUACUGAAUGACGGCCCCAACCGGAGUGACGUCUAUGGCUACACCGCUUUGCUGGUGUCGUUGUACGAGCGGCGCGCAGUGUCGUGCACCAUCGUUUACGAUUUGGUCAGAACGGUUGGCGAGUCGCUAAGUUCGGAACGACUCGGCCUUCUGCUCGCGUUGCUACGGCAAGUGGGGCCCAUGCUGCGACAGGAUGAUCCCAAAUCCCUCAAAGAUAUGAUUGAAUUCAUCCACGACCAGGCUGAUAAAGUCACAAACUGUUUGGAUACAACAGCUGAAGAAUCAGUAAAAUUGAAGCUUCAAAUCAUGCUUGAACUUAUUGACGACAUCAAGAAUAACAAGAUGAAGCGCUCGGCCCUGCAAGCGGCUAAUGCGAAACAUGCAUGGGUAGAAGCACCAGACCCACCGCUGUCGGCAUCGCUUUCUGAUCUUCUAAACGACAGUUUUACGAGCACCAGAUGGUGGGAUGCGGACGGGGUCAAGAGCGUUCAGGCGUCCGAUGAGGGCGAAGAAAGCGUUCCAGGAACAGAGAUGAAGAAUAGUCGAGGCAACGAGCCCAACAUUAACAGACUUGCCUCUUCGCUUCGACUCACCACCGGACGCCGAAAAGACCUCUUCAAAGCGAUCAUGGCAAGUCCCAGCGUUUCUGAGGCAUACGAACGCCUUCAAGACAUGUCCGCAUUCGACUCCAAAAAGCACCACGACCGCGACACAGCGAUUGUCAUCUUACAUUGCUGCGGGUCAGAGAAAAUAUUCAAUCCAUUCUACGCCUACCUCGCAGAACGAAUGUGCAAACGAGCACGACGCUCUCGAUUCACGUUUGAAUUUGCAUGCUGGGAUAUCUUCAAAUCAAUACCGGGAAGUGAGAAGGCAAAACCGAUGUCCCAGAGGAGAGCGCGGAAUUUUGAACACUUGCUGGCACAUCUUUGGUACUCGCAAGCCCUUUCCCUGUCUGUGUUGCGAUAUGCGCAAGAUUUUGAAGAGUGCGGUGAAGACGAAGUCGCCUUUUAUGUCGAAGCUAUGGACAUACUGUUCUCGAAAUUGGUGUCGGAUGGUGAGGACAGCGCAGGAGCACCGUUUGAGAAACUGAUAUCUGAGACCUGGAACGGAGCAGAUGCGUUUCGUGUGUCUUUGGGGUUGUUCCUUCGGAGCAAAAUGCGACCACGACUCAAAGGACAGCAAAAGCAGUUACUGAAAAGAGCAAUACGCAUCUUGGAGGACAGAAAAUGAAAGUAGAACAGUACGGCAGAACACAGGAGUUGUUUAAAAGGCCAGAGUAUGGUUGACCAUCUGAGCGGGAUUUGUGAGCACUAAAGUCUUGAGAUUCCACAACGGAGUGU